GCGGAACGACCUUUCUAGCUUCGGAACGUUGCAAGUGCUGAUGCACCUUCAACGAGGCUUCUCCCAUCACACGAUGCGUUCUAAUCACAAUAAAUCUUACCUCCAACGGUUCGGGACCGAUUAGUUGUGAACAAGUAGCGAAUGUGAGUGUAUCUUCCGGAGAGGUAGUUCCGACUGGUUCCUUUCAACGUACACCGUGCAGGAAAGCUAUCCUACAGAACGAACCAUGUUGUGGUCGGCGACAGUGAGGAUGUUAGCGUUUGGCGUUGCAUUUUGUGGACUGUAUUUGGUCGCAGGUCAAGCCACGAUCGUUGGCCGGCUUACGGAUGAUGUGGAAUUUAUCGAUCCAACAGUUGGACUUGGACCGGGUGGUACCGCCAGUGGCAUUCCGCUUGGACCGGGAGGAUUCCGUGGAUUUGAGAUACUACCCCGACCGGAACCCUCGUGGAAGGCAGGCGCAACACUGGUUGCGGACAAUCCGGAGCAGCAGAUCAUGGGAACGAUUUCCUUCCGCCAGUGGGCCCCAGGUCACGUCCAGACGGCGAUCAAUGCUACCGGGCUGCCGGUGGGGAAGCACGCGGUCCAUGUGCACGCGUUCGGUGAUAUGCGCGAGGGAUGCAAAUCGACCGGACCACACUUUCGCAGCAGUAUUCUUGGCAACAUCGAGGUAAAGGAUGACGGUAACGCGAUGAUCGACUUCCAUAGCCCGUACAUUAAUCUGUUCGGGUUUGCCGGCAUCGUGGGCCGCUCGAUCGUGAUACACGAGAAACCGUCCGAGAUCUACCGGUUUCCGGAUUUGUCCAUCAACAACCCGAUAUCGUUCCAGGGUGAGGAGGAUACGGUCGGUGCGCGGAUUGCUUGCGGUCUUAUUACGAUUCUUGAUAACGUCGCACCUUAGAGGAGCUUAAAAUAAAAUUAAAUAUUGUUAAUGUUUUGAGAAAA